AUGAAAGAAACGUUCGCACCCUUAAAGAAUGAUCUUUUGCUACGAGCCGCGAAAGGCGAGAGUAUUCCACGUCCUCCAAUAUGGGUCAUGCGACAAGCUGGUCGCUAUCUCCCAGAGUACCAUGAAGUGAAAAGAAGCCGUGACUUCUUCGAAUGCUGUCGGGACCCUGAAAUCGCCUCCACGUUGACUCUUCAACCUGUAGAUCGGUAUGAAGGGCUGAUAGACGCCGCAAUUAUUUUCUCGGAUAUUCUUGUUAUUCCACAGGCAAUGGGAAUGCAUGUUGAAAUGGUUGAUAAGAAAGGUCCUCAUUUCCCGGAACCGUUACUGUCGCCGAAAGAUAGCCAGUAUGCAAAAAUAACCCGCAAACAAAUCUAUAUAAAUGUGGAUUUGGAGUAUGUCUAUCAAGCCAUUACGCUCACUAGGCAAAAGCUGAAUGGUCGUGUCCCCCUCAUUGGCUUCUGUGGUGCGCCCUGGACCUUAUUCUGCUACAUGGUUGAAGGGGGAGAAACCAAAACAGGGCAGUCCAAAGCGUGGAUCUACAAUUAUCCAGCAGAAUCAAAAGUAUUGUUGCAGAAGGUUGCUGAAACCUGUGUAGAGCAUCUGGCUUUACAGGUUGCGGCAGGAGCACAAUUUGUCCAGGUUUUCGAUUCCAAGGCUGGGGAACUAUCGCCGAGCUCCUUUGACUUAUUCGCGCUUCCGUACCUGCGGUAUAUCUCUGCCACCCUUCCUAGGAGGCUAGAAGAGAUGGACCUGGAGCCGGUACCAAUGGCUGUAUUUGCAAAAGGCGCAUGGCAUGCCGUUGAAAGUUUAUGUCAGUCAGGAUAUGAUGUCCUUAGCCUUGACUGGCUUCAUGAUCCAGAAGAAGCUGUUCGAGCCACGAAAGGUCGCAUCACAAUCCAGGGCAAUGCCGAUCCAGGUGUAUUAUACGGAAACCAUGUAGCGAUAACAGAAGCAGUUGAGGCAAUGGUUAGGGGCUUCAAGGCGGGCAGUCGACCUUGGAUCGCGAACUUGGGUCACGGCAUCACUCCUCUUGUCAAGCCUGAGAAUCUCAGGUUCUUCUUUGAGGAGAUCCACCGCCUGACAGCUCCCUGA